AGAAGGCGGGCUGUUGUCGACGUCUCCACCAAUCACAGAGGGGAUGUGAAAUGCAUUGUGGGUCUACUAUUAAGGCUAGAGGUUGCCAACCGUUUUCAAGAACUAGCAGCAGCAAAUGACUGGUUUUCUUGGAAUGAAGCUUGUGAUAAAGACUAGUUAGCAGCACACGAUGGAUUCCUCUGAAGCAGAGGCUUUAAAUAACAAUGAGAGAAGAGAAGACACCCCACCAAGCACAUCAAAUACAUCAGGUCAAGGAGAAGAUGGACCAAAGCCAAAGAGGGUAUCUUUGAAGAGGACCACUGGUAAACCUGCAAAAGCCAAGAAGCAAAAAAAGGCCAGAGUCUCCAGGCCUGCCCCGCUUGGCUACACUGUUCAUCAAGGGGAAGAUAUGCUUCUUGUCAUAUCGAGUUCUACUUCUCAGUACGAUGGUUCAGCCUGGACUCCCCCAAAGAAGGGAAGCAAAAAGAAGAAAAUAACUAAAGGAAAAGGGAAAGCUAUUCGGAUUAAGCAAAAAAAGAAAGCCUGUGCCAAGCCUACACUGGCAAAUACCCCAAUUGCCAAGGAAAAUGAGGACACUAAUUUGUUUGUGCCACAGAAGGCAACAGACCACAGAUGGGGUGAGAGGCUUCCUGAGGAGGUGCUAAUCAAUAUUUUUCAGAUGGUGGUCGUCCAAGAUGGCGCUGUACCAUUUCUAUGCAGGGUGGGGAGAGUUUGUCGUCUGUGGAACGCUGCUGCCUCCAGUCCGGUCCUGUGGCGUAAGGUCACUGUAGAUCACUGCUGGAUUGCAUCAGGGAAAAAACAGCUACCUAAAACUGAGAAGAUGAUUAAGGACACUUUUUACUGGCUGGCACAAAACAGAUUCUCCCAGCUACGAGACUUCUCUCUCUGUCACUGCACAAAGAAUGUUAGCUAUGCAGUUGAGGUUGUGUCGCAGUUCUGCCCUCACCUUCGCUCCCUCAAGCUCUCCUACUGUACAGGUCUGACAGCGGCAGCCUUCCAUAGUCUUGGUCUGCACAGCCGGUUUCUGCAGAGCAUAAAUCUCCAGUAUUCAGAGUUUCAGGUUGACGGAGUCCUGGAGUACCUUGAAAGUCAUGGGAGCCAGAUCAAGCAAAUUUUAUUCACUCAUGGACUAAAGAAUGACAGACUUCUAACUGCCAUCACUAGGGGAUACUGUCCUGAUUUGGAGUUGUUGGAGGUCAACACAAAGCUCGACAGUAAAGAUUGUGAACUUCCAGUUUGCAUCCAGGCACUACAGAUGGCAUCCCCUAAACUAAAGACCUUCCGGAUGCUGAAUGUCAGACCUCUGCAUAAGACAAUGCGCAAUGGUGCCGAUGCAACACUAGGCUUCCCAUUACUGGAGGAGCUAUGUAUCGCAACCACAUCUUAUUCCUAUAUGACCGACAAAGAUUUGUGGGACAUUCUCUUUGGCUCUACCAGGCUGCGGGUGCUGGACCUGCGAGGUUGUUCGCGAAUCACACCAUCUGGUCUCGCAACACUACCUUGUCUUGAGCUUGAGUGUCUGUUCUGGGGACAGUAUUUUAGCAGCAAUAUUGGGUUGUCAUCACCUAAGGCGGGGCUUCACAUGGUGACCCAGAAAUGGAGUCAAACACUGCAACAGCUUGACAUUGCAAAUCAGCUUUUCACUGAGGAGGACUUGGAGAUUGCAAUGAGUCACCUUGCUCAGGCAACAGAGGCUGAGACCCUGCGUUCACUCAACCUGAGUGGGACCAGGAUCACACCGUCUGCCCUUAGGUCAGUCAUUGGCCAAAUGACUGCUCUUAGUUACCUCAACCUUUCAUCCUGCCGUUAUCUUCCAAGAGGAGUGAAGAGAAUUUACCGUGGCCAAGAAGACAUUCGUCAACUGCUGGACAAAUUGGAGUAGUUCUCAUAUUCAUUUGAUUCCAGAAAUUGUAAAUCAAAUUUACAAGGCCUACAUCAAUGUCUUAAAACUUGCCUCUGUGGAUUAUGUUGUAGCAUAGACUGCAUAGCAUAUUUUACCCUCAGGUGUUUUUGUAAAUGUUUUAUAUGUAUACUGUUUACACAAAACAAUUCAUGCAAAAACACUCCUUACUGUUGCUAGAAAGCAAAAACCAAGGGUUUGGAAUCCCAUGAGAAAACCUGUUGCUGCAAUAUUAUUGUCAGUUAAGAGUUAGUAACACUGUCUAAAUGUAGCUCAAGGUGUGACAUUGACAUGUUGGAUUUGAAUACAUUUAUAUGAAUCACCUCAAUUGUAAACCUACAGGGACAUUCAGUUGUGUAUACCAGGAUUUUUUUUUGUAUGUAAUUUUUGACUAUUUUCUUACACCAAGUUAUAAUAAUUCCAGACAAAAGUUUGUCAAGAGGUAUUUGAAAUUAAAGAUACAUGUUCAGCAUAUCACUAUAAA